AUGGCAAGAAAAUCAAACACCAAGAAUAAGCAGAGUGUGUCUCGUCUGUCGGUUGCCACCAACGAGACACCGCAUCAUGAGGCUGGGAAUUGCGAUAACGACGAGGAAGAACACGAAGAACACGAAGAAGAAGAGGAGGAGGAGGAGGAGGAGGAAGAUGAGGAGUCAUUGUUGAGGCUCGCGCAACAAGCUCAAGAUCGGAAACUGAGCCAACGCAGCAGCGAGGAUUCUCAAGACUUUUUUGAUCCUGAUUUCGACGGAGACGAAGAAGGAGAAGAGUUGGUGGGAGAUUCGCAUUUGAACGAAGAUGACCCUGAUGAUAUGAUUGUCGAAGAAGAGCGGUUUGACGAUGACGACGACGACGACGACGACGACGACGAUGAAGACAAUGACCACGAUGAGGACCAAGAUGAAGAAGAAUUGGACUUGCUACAAACAAGCGACUUUUUGCGACAAUUGAUGAAUGCCAGGCCAGCAAACGCCACAGAGGUUAUUCCUCCUUCCAAUCUCAGCCAGGAGCCAGGAUCAGACUCACAGGAUAUCCCUUCGAGCGAACCCUCGCGCGAGGGCGAAAAUACCGCGCAAAGAGAGAGACGAGGCUCCGACCUGGAGUCCCGCUCGGAACUAUUAAGAGCAAUUGGCGCAAUCACCGGUAAUAGCCAAAACGAGACAAGUGGACCACCCAUGCCAUCCAACUUUGUUGCUGUCAUGCAAAGACUAAUGGGCGACACCGUGAUGUUUGGCAACAGCGGCCCUGAAAGCGGCGAAAUCGAAUCCUUGAUCAAGAACUUGGAACAAGGCGAAGAUACUUAUAUCGUGUUGGAGUCACUCAACCAGCUCUCGGAAAGGCUAUUGAUGAUGAAUGGUCUCACCGCGGAGAGGUUGAUCCCCGCGAGCAGAUUAGCUAGAGCCUUGGUAAACAUCAUGGAAGAUCCACAUUUGCAAGACGACUUGGAGCUCCACCUAGUUGCAUGUCGUUGCCUAUACAACUUCUUGGAGGUCAACCUAGAUUUCAUCCACGACGCAUUGAGCAACAAUGCCAUACCUGCACUAUGUAAUAAACUACUAGAGAUCAAGUACAUUGACCUCACCGAACAAGCAUUACAGACUCUUGAAAUGAUUUCAAGAGACCCCGUCUCGCAUAAUAGCAUAAUUUCCAACAAUGGUUUAAUUGCAUGUCUACAGUACAUGGAUUUCUUGACAAUACACGCUCAGCGAAAGUGUUUGAGCAUCGUUGCCAAUUCGUGCACCAACAUAUCGAUGGCCAACUACUCCAUGGUCAAGCUGGCGUUUGCCAGCAUAUGCGGCGUGGUGAGAAGCCACAGCGACGAAAACGUGGUGGAGAAUGCCUGGAUCACCAUAUCGAGAAUCAUUAACUGCUUCAAAAACAAGCCGGACUAUUUGGACGAGCUAUUUGAAGGCCAGGAGGUGUUGUUGAAAGAAUUCACAAACGUGAUAUUGGUGAGCUGCAACAAGUCCCUGAACAAGAGCGGCGAGUCCAACACAGUGGCCAUUUCGUUUGGCUCGUGUCUAAGUUUAAUCAAAUCACUAAUCAUUUUGAGCAGUGUCUCUAUCGAAGUGUGCAAAAUGCUAAUGAGCGACUGCGACAUCGGUUUGGUCAUUGUCAAGUCUUUGAACAAGUUUGAGAAAUCAAAGUCAGAGUCGAGAGGUGUCGGUACAGGUAACGGGAGUGGUAUUGGUAUUGGUAUAGGUAACGGUAUUGGGAAUGAUAAUGGGAAUGGGAAUGGGAAUGGUUAUGGUAACGGUAACGGCAAUGGAAAUGGAAAUGAAAAUGGUAACACUAGUGGUGCAGGUGAUGGUGAUGGCGAUAAUUGUUCCAUCAGUGUUUCGGUGGAAGCGCUCAUGGCAGCUCCAAAAGAGCUCUUGUCUCAAUUCUUGACAUUGAUUGGCUACUUGCUUCCUAUUUGCUAUGAACCUACAGAAGCGUUAUUUGUAAAGUCCAAGUUUGAGGAAUCCACCGAGCGCCAAACCAUCAACAGGCGCCGGCGUGAAAUGUGCUUGGAAGUCAUCCCUCAGGACUAUGCCCACUUUGCGAAAGAAGUUUGGCCGUUGGUCAUUUUGAGCUUCCAAACUACAAUGGACUUUGAAGUGAGGCGCAAAGGGUUCAUUGAUUUAUACAGGAUAGCAUUUUCUCUACCUGCUGACGAAUUGGUCUCAAUAGACAAGGGAGACAUGGUCGCCACUUUACUUGCCUCGGUGGUGAAUCAAAACCAGCUGGGUGUUUCAAAAGAGAUGAAGACGGCCAAGUUUCCACUGGAUACACUAUUGGAUACGGAAAGGACGAAUAGCGAGAAUAACGAUGCAAGUUCCGACAUUGCGCCUGACGACGACAACGACAACGACACUUCAGGAAAUGACCAAAGUGACGAGAGCAUGAGCGAAGGCGAACAAGGCGAAAGUGAUAUCAUGAAUGAACACGAUGAAGAAGUUGAAGAGGAAAAUGAGAACGAAGUCGUGGACGUUGACGAAGAUGGCGAAGACGACGAUGACGAAGAAGAUGACGAAGAUGGUGACGAAGAAGAAGAAGAAGAAGAGGAAGAAGAAGAGGAGGAGGAAGACCAAGAAGAAGAAGAAGAAGAAGAAGAAGAAGAAGAAGAAGAGGAGGACGACGAGGCAACAGAUGAAAUAGUGAGUGACGCAUUCACACGCAGCGCACCCGAUGACAUCCGUAAGCUAAACGCCACCAUGGUGAUUUACAGUGCUUUGAAAAUCAUCCAAGUUUUAUUCACCAAAGCCCCAUCAGUCUACAAGCUUCGAUUUGAAAAAGAAGGGUUGAUGAAAGAUGUCGAGAAAAUCUGCUCCGAGUUUAAAUCUUGGAAUAGUUUGAAGAAUGAUGUCCAAAACCAUAUAGGCACCAACAUUAUGAGUGCGUUUGCAAACAAGUAUGUCGACUUGGAAUUCACCAAGGAUUACGCCUAUUAUCUAAGAAUGGUUGGCAUUUACCCGAAAAUUGCUCAGUCGGCAUCUGAAAUCGUCAAGAGCUACAAGAUCAUCAAGAUGCUGGAGAGCGAUAACUCGUCGGAACAUUUAAAGAUUUUGCGCGAGAUCAAGAAUACCUUAAACGACCCCAAAAAGGUCAAGUCAUACAACUACGACCAAUGGUUUCGCCUUUGGUGUAAACUACUAUAUGCCUUGAACGGAGCCUCGCGCGAGAGCGGUAUUUCCAGUUUUGAAUUGAUGUCUUCUGGCGUCAUCAACCUGUUGGCCAACUUGUUCACGUCUGACGACUUUGUCUCUGGUGCAUUUGACUCCCAUGCUUGGUACAAAUCCUUUGUCGAUAUUUUCUUCAACGAAGACCUCAACAACGCCAAGGCAUUAGUUCGAAAGUUACUUGAAGCAUUGACCAGAGCAGAGUCGUUUGAACUCGUAUCGGCGAAUAACCUGAGUUCGCAUCUUGCCUAUUCGCGUGAGCAAAACCAGGCAGCGGUAAUGGCGAAUCAAAUAAAAUUGAAAUUGAUUGCCGAGGGCGAGAUGGAUGAUCUCAAGCUCCCGAGUACGCUCAAGAAUAUGGUGUUGUCUGUGCACGCGAUAGCCACUUUUCGAUCGGUGCUAACUUUUUUGAAGCUGCGAUUCAGUUACAUGGAGGAGAUUAGUAACUUGACCAAAAAAAAUGGCAAUGGCGACGAGGCCAACUCGAAAAAGAAUAAUGAAUAUAAUCUCGAAUUUUUGAUCAAUGGCGAAGUGAUCCCCAUCGAGACCACGAUUUAUGGUGCUAUACAUAGAGCCAUCCUGCAAAAGAGUGACCAAAAAGAACCAAACAGAAUUUGGUCAAGUGUGCAUGAAGUUGGGUUCAGGAAAGUUAGCUCGGAGGUUGUAAGCGAGGCUCAAUUGAACAACUACAAUUUCAAUUAUGAUGAGCACGAGCUAGACGUGUACGAUGCAUCCACCACAAGCACUUUAAAACUUUUGAAAGUUCUUUUCAAGAUGAACGCUCACCAUAUCGAUAGCGGCAAGUUGGGCAUUCCUGCAAAGGACUUUACCAAUUGGAAGUUGACUGUCAAGUUGAACAGACAACUCGAAGAGCCUUUGGUUGUGGCUAGUGGCACGUUGCCUGGUUGGAGUAUACAUUUAACGAAGCAGUUCCCAUUCAUCUUUCCCUUGGAGACGAGGAUUUUUUUCCUUCAGUCGACAUCAUUUGGAUAUUCGCGUUUGAUCCACCAAUGGCAGCUACGCACCAACCAACUUGCCGAGGAGAAUGGCAAUGCCGCAGUCCACCACAGCAACUCAAGCUACAGCCAGAGAUUACAAUUGGGAAGGCCAACGCGGCACAAGGUUAGAAUCGCAAGGAAGAUGAUGCUUCAAAGCGCCAUCAAAGUCUUGGGACUAUACGGCUCAACUCCCGGAAUUUUGGAAAUUGAGUACUUUGACGAAGUUGGUUCCGGGUUGGGACCAACUUUGGAGUUUUAUUCGACCGUCUCGAAAGAAUUUUCACGUCGCAAGUUGAAAUUGUGGCGAGACGAAAAUUUCCAACUUGACGCUGCCGAACGGGAAUCGUAUGUCAGCAACCAGCAUGGUUUAUUCCCCGCACCAAUUGACAAGCAUCUCGUUCAGGGAGAAAAUGGAAGAAAGAUUUUGCAUUUUUUCGCAUCGUUAGGGAAAUUCAUUGCUCGAGCCUUGUUGGAUUCAAGAAUCAUAGAUUUCAAAUUCAAUGCGGUUUUCUUGAAUAUUGUGCAAGUUAUGAACCACAAGAGCCCGCAAACACAUUUCAUGAGCCACAAGAUGGUGAAGAAGAUAGCUACCAUUUCCAAUUUGAAAUUGGUGGAUCCCGACUUGGCGCGGUCCUUGGAACAUCUCAACAAGUACCUUGAAGCGUUUAAAUCGGUGCCUGCGCUGCAAAGAGCAUCAGUCGAGAUUGACGGUGCUACUUUGGAGAAAUUGGGCUUGUACUUUGAGUUACCCGGGUACCCAAAGUACGAGUUGAUUGCCAACGGCAGCGAAGUUGCAGUCGAUGCAACCAACUUGGAGCAAUACGUGAACAAGGUUCUUGAAGCUACCUUGUUCACGGGAGUGAUUGUGCAAACGAGAGCAUUUAUGGAAGGGUUUUCCAAAGUGUUUCCCAUCAACUCAUUGAUUAUAUUUUCGGCUAAUGAAUUGGUGGAGCUUUUCGGUAACUGCGAAGAAGACUGGUCGUAUGAUGCCUUGUCGUCCGCCAUUGUUGCCAACCACGGCUUCACCAAGGAAUCCGAGGGAAUAAAGAGCUUGAUAAGUAUUUUGAUGGAGUUUAACCAGCAAGAGAAGAGGCAGUUUUUGCAAUUCCUUACCGGGUCGCCAAAAUUGCCCAUUGGCGGAUUCAAGGCACUCCGACCUGAAUUGACAGUAGUGCGAAAGCACGCUGAAGGCGGCUUGAAAGAUGACGAUUAUCUACCUUCGGUAAUGACGUGUGCCAAUUAUUUAAAGAUGCCCAAUUAUUCCAGUAGGGAGAUGAUGAAGAGCAAGCUAUUGCAAGCUGUCAAUGAGGGAGCCGGUGCCUUUUUAUUAUCGUAA